AUGCCUCCGCUGGACGAGAAUCCUCCCUCUGGAUCGGGCUCUUCUUCUCCCAACUCCAACGAAUCUCCAGCUGCUGGCUCAGGCGAAUACCCACCUUCUCCAUUGCAUGACAUGCCCGACCAACAUACACCUAUUGAAGAGCGUGGGCUGGUGCCGUCGAACCUCCCCACACCACACCAGGAGACCUCCCAAAUAUUCUCAUCCUACGUACCACCUCCAUUUGACACACAUCGUCUCGUGACCUCCUACGCUCGCUCGUUCUCCACGCCUAUCGCCGAGCAGCUCAUGCACUCUACCCGCGCCUUGUUGACCGACCGCCUCAACAAAGUCAAACGCGAUGGAUUGAUGCAUACGGACUUGGAGAAUCAGGCAUACCUAUUCAGGGCGGCGUUAAGUGAGAUGAGGACGGAAGCGGGAGUAAGAGGAAAGACAGAUAGUGCGGCCGUCAAGGCUCAGGCUGCUGGAAUGAGGAGGGAGGUGGAUGCUUUGGGUGGGAGGAUGAAUGAAGCUAUUGCUACGCUGAAGCAUGAGAUCCAGAUGGAUAUGGACAGUCGGAAGAACGAGGAGAAGAAUGAUGCAAAGGGGAGAGAUAUAAUGAUGGAGGAAACCCUGAAUCGAUCACUCGUCACGCUUUAUGAUCUACGGAGCGACAUGGAGGAGAUGCGUUGGGAGAACAUGCGCAAGUCUGUCGCUGCGUUGACUGCAUUCCUAAUCUUCAUCGUCGUUGCGAUGGAGCUUCGACCACGCAAGAAAGCUCCGCCGCCUCCAUCCGUGGUACAAGUAUACCAGCCGCCCCAGCAGCCGUCGGGGCCACACGUCCCACAUGGCGUAGAGGGACUGGAUCGAAUGGAAAGCAUCACCUAA